AAUUAAAUUUAUGCUUAAUUGUGCCCUAACAUCCCCGUUUUAGCUGAUGCUUGGGUCGUUUAUGGUAGUAGAAACCCUAUUUCGAAGACACUUGCUGUUAUAAUAUGUGCUUGAAAUCAUUGACUAUAAAAAUCCAUCUUAAUAUCGCUUGUGCUUAGCUGAUGUGGUUUAGUAAAUAUUUGUUAUCGUCAUGUGUAGUUAUCAUUAGCGUUUCUCUUUGAUUGUUCACCAUGUUACUGGAAAAGAUGCAUUGGCCUACAUGUCAGAAUAUUUUCUGCUAAUAUUGCAGCGAACAAGUAGUAUGGCGGCAACUCCGCAAAAUGUCGAGAUGGAAGCAGCAAAGUUCCUGCAUAAGCUUAUUCAGGAAUCCACCGAUGAGCCCACAAAAUUGGCUACGAAACUACAUGUGAUUUUGCAGCAUAUGAGAUCCAGUGGAAAGGAAAAUUCUAUGCCAUACCAAGUGAUAUCAAGGGCUAUGGAGACAGUUAUAAAUCAACAUGGUCUUGACAUUGAGGCUUUAAUGGCAUCACGUCAACCUUUGACCAGUGGGACUCAAGGUGGAGAGUCAUCCUUGUCGCAAAUUGCAGGUCCUUCACAGCAAGCUGCAGUGGAAAAUGAUUCCAAAAGUACUUUAACUGCUGAAGAUGCAGCAAAAAUUGCUACAUUUUCAAGCAAGCCACUGCAUGCAGGACAUGAUAUUUAUCAAGGAUCUGCAAAUCAACUUAACUCUAUCAAGAGUCAUGGAUCAGAUGCCGGUUUUUCUGGCUCAUAUGAAUCAGCAGAACCAGGGAACCCAUUAUCCAUGCAGUUCAGCAAUUCAUAUGAUAACCAGAGUGCUGCGAUGUUGAUGCACAAAGGCCCGGCUGGAAAGGCAUUGGAGCAAGAAGGAAGAUUUCCAAAUGUGAUGGCGAAUUCAAGCAAGACAGUUCAGGGUGGCAUCUCAAACAAUGUCGCUGAAAUGGGAAUGUUUCGAACUGACGCUUCAAGAGAUACCGGAAAAUUACCCGUCUUACAGGCUCCUUCUGUUGGACCUUCCAUGCCUUUCAAGGAACAUCAUUUAAAGCAGCUCAGAGCUCAAUGCCUUGUAUUUUUGGCCUUCAGGAAUAAUUUAAUGCCGAAAAAGUUGCAUCUUGAGAUUGCACUGGGGAACUUCUUUCCCAAGGAAGAAUACCUGUCUACUAAUGAGCUGCAAUUCAACCAUAUGCAAAUAACGAGUGGUAUUGCAGAUAUAAAUAGCAAAGAACAGAUUGACCAGAAGGGGAAAGAGCAUUCUAUUGGUGGCCAGAGCAUCAGUCAUGAAGUUGGAAUGCCUUCUUCUAGAAUUGAUAAUAGGGAAACUGAAAGAACUGGUCCUGGUUAUUCGAGCAGUGGAUUCAUUUCAGAAACAAACCUUUUGAAAGAAGGCGAGAAACUUGACAGGAUGAUAGAUAAAAAUGACCCACCUUCUGGUCUUCCUGAACAUGGACAGGGGAUGAGAAAUAAUAUAAUUCCAAGGAAAUUUGAUGCGGAGCUGCAAGCAUUUGAAGCAAAAGAAUUGCAGACAUCUGCAACCAAAGUUGCACGAGCAGAUUCUAACAUUGCACCACAUGCAGGCCUUUUUGGUGUGCCUGUAGGUGAAGGGAAAGAUUAUUUUUCAAGUCAAUCGAAAAGCCAUGCUGAUAACCAAGGAAAUCGGCAUGGUCAUAGUCAUUUGCCAAGUUUCUCUCUGAGAGAAAGUUGGAAGUUUCAUUCAGGAAUGGAAGGUGAAAGGCACAUGGUGGUGCCGAAGAAUGCUAAUGUUCUGGAAAAGGAUGUAAUACUUGGAAAUAAUCAUGAGGGGGAAGAUAAUUCUGAACCUAAUGCUUCGCCAGCAUCGCCUAGGUACACUACGUCUGAAAAGUGGAUUGCAGAUUGCCAAAAAAGAAAAAUUGAUGCUGAUUAUAAUUGGGCUGUUAAAAAGAAGAAAACAGAGCAACGGAUCUUGGCUUGUGUUGAAAAGUUAAAGGAAACAGUUAGCUCUUCUGAAGACAUUUCUGCAAAAACCAGAAGCGUUAUCGAAUUAAAAAAGCUUGAACUCUUGGAUCUCCAGCAUCGCCUCCGAAGUGAUAUCCUGAAUGAUUUUUUUAAACCGAUAUCUACCGAGAUGGAUCGCUUGAAAUCAAUUAAGAAACAUAGGAUAGGCCGAAGAUCCAAGCAACUUGAGAGGUAUGAGCAGAAGAUGAAGGAAGAGCGUCAAAAGAGAAUUCGAGAAAGACAGAAGGAUUUCUUUGGUGAAUUGGAAUUGCACAAGGAAAGACUGGAAGAUGUAUUUAAAUUUAGGAAGGAACGGACGAAGGGCUUUAACAAGUAUGUAAGAGAGUUUCAUAAAAGGAAGGAAAGACUUUACCGGGAGAAGAUCGACAGAAUCCAGCGAGAGAAGAUCAAUCUUUUAAAAAUCAAUGAUGUGGAGGGUUAUCUACGAAUGGUUCAGGAUGCAAAAUCAGAUCGGGUAAAGCAACUACUGAAAGAGACUGAGAAGUAUCUUCAGAAGCUUGGAUCUAAGCUGAAAGAGGCAAAGGUUAUCAGCAGAUGCUUUGAGUCAGAUAUGAAUGGUCUAAAUGAUAAUAGUGAAUUUACUAUCGAGGAUGAAGAUGAGACAGACCAGGCAAAGCAUUAUAUGGAGAGCAAUGAAAAGUACUAUAUGAUGGCUCAUAGCAUCAAAGAGACUGUAGCGGAGCAGCCAGCAUCUCUUAUUGGUGGAAAAUUGAGAGAGUACCAGAUGAAUGGAUUACGAUGGUUGCUGUCACUUUACAACAACCAUUUGAAUGGAAUUCUUGCAGAUGAAAUGGGCCUGGGGAAAACCGUUCAGGUUAUUUCUUUACUUUGUUACCUAAUGGAAAAUAAAAAUGAUAGAGGGCCCUUCUUGGUGGUUGUGCCAUCCUCAGUUCUGCCUGGAUGGGAGACAGAAAUUAACUUCUGGGCCCCAAGCAUCAACAAAAUUGUCUACGCUGGUCCUCCUGAGGAGCGCCGAAGGUUAUUCAAGGAAAGAAUUGUUCAGCAGAAGUUCAAUGUUCUUUUGACAACAUACGAGUAUCUGAUGAACAAGCAUGACAGACCAAAACUGAGCAAAAUACAUUGGCAUUAUGUUAUAAUUGAUGAGGGCCAUCGCAUAAAGAAUGCUUCUUGCAAGUUAAAUGCUGACUUGAAGCAUUAUCAUAGCUCUCACAGAUUGCUUUUGACUGGAACUCCUUUGCAGAACAAUCUUGAGGAACUGUGGGCACUGCUUAACUUUCUGUUGCCAAAUAUUUUUAAUUCGUCGGAAGAUUUUUCUCAGUGGUUCAACAAACCAUUCGAAAGCAACGCAGAUAACUCCCUUGAAGAAGCUUUGCUCUCUGAGGAGGAGAAUCUAUUAAUCAUAAAUCGUCUUCACCAAGUUCUGCGACCAUUUGUGCUUAGGAGACUGAAGCACAAGGUUGAGAAUCAGCUGCCUGAGAAGAUAGAGAGACUCGUAAGAUGUGAGGCUUCUGCAUAUCAGAAGAUAUUGAUGCAGAGGGUAGAAGAUAGUCUUGGCGCAUUUGGUGCUUCAAAGGCUCGAGCAGUGCACAAUUCUGUUGUUGAACUACGAAAUAUAUGCAAUCAUCCUUACCUCAGUCAGCUUCAUACGGAAGAGGUUCAUGAUUUCAUCCCCAAACAUUAUCUUCCUAAUGUGAUUAGGUUUUGUGGGAAGCUUGAGAUGUUGGAUCGACUACUGCCUAAGCUAAAAGCUACAGAUCAUCGGGUUCUUCUUUUUUCAACAAUGACUAGACUGCUUGAUGUCAUGGAGGAUUAUUUGUAUUGGAAACAGUAUAAAUACCUUCGUUUAGAUGGACAUACACAUGGCGGUGACCGUGGGGCCUUAAUUGACAAUUUUAACAAACCAGGGUCUCCAUAUUUCAUAUUCCUGCUCAGCAUACGUGCUGGAGGCGUUGGAGUGAAUCUUCAAGCUGCGGAUACAGUUAUCAUUUUUGACACAGAUUGGAAUCCACAGGUUGAUCUGCAAGCACAGGCUAGAGCUCACAGAAUUGGUCAGAAGAAGGAUGUACUCGUUCUUCGGUUAGAAACUGUUAAAACGGUGGAAGAACAAGUUAGAGCUUCAGCUGAGCACAAACUUGGAGUUGCGAAUCAGAGCAUUACUGCUGGGUUCUUUGACAAUAACACAAGUGCGGAAGACCGGAGAGAAUACUUGGAGUCCCUUCUGCGGGAGUGUAAGAAAGAGGAAGCUGCUCCUGUUUUAAAUGAUGAUGCUCUCAAUGAUCUUAUAGCCCGGAGUGAGUCUGAAAUUGAUGUAUUUGAGGAACUUGAUAAAAAGAGGCAGGAAGAAGAGCUGGUUGUAUGGAAAAAAUUGGUAUUAGAACAAGGGGGGAUAAGUAGUGAACCCAUACCUCCUCUUCCUUCUCGGCUUGUGACAGAUGAUGAAUUGAAAUCCUUCUGUGAAGCUAUGAAGGCAAUUGAAGUUCCCAAACCUGUGGUUGUACCUGGUAUUGGGGGUAAAAGGAAGGGUGGACUUGGGAACUUCGAUACUCAACAAUAUGGAAGGGGAAAGCGAGCAAGAGAGGUGCGUUCUUAUGAGGAGCAAUGGACAGAAGAUGAAUUUGAGAAGCUGUGCCAAGUUGAUCCACCCGAUUCCCCCAACGCGAAGGAAGAACUGAAAGAAAGAGACUUGGCUAUAGUCACAAGCGAAUCUGGCAUUGUUAUUGGUGCAGAAGGAGGCUUGCCCAGCAUACAGACAAUACAGCCUUCUGAAGAUCUCGCCAUUCAACAAAUCAAGGAGGUAAAUCCACCAUCAAAACGGGGUCGUGGGAGGCCUAAAAAGAACACGGCAGGAAUUUCUUCAUCUUCAUUGGUUCUUCCGUCUUCUUCAGUACCUCAUAUUGCUAGAAGUGUUGCUCCAACGGUUCACCCAUUGGGUAUACAAAAUGCACCUGCUUCUCAGUUGACAGUUAUCGUCCCUUCUGGUUCCAGUUCACCGUCUGACGGUGGUCAGUCAACGGUUGCUUUGGCUUCUGCCUCUAAUGCGACACUGACUGUGCCUCCUGGUUUUCAGCCAACAGCAAAUCAUCCUCCUGGUUUUCAGGCAACAGCCAGUUCCCCUCUUGGUUAUAAAUCAGUGACCACUCCCCCUCCAGGAUACCAGAAAAUGAGCAGCCCCCCUGGUUAUCAGCAGAUAGCUCCUGCACCCCCUGGGUUCCAACCCUUGACCACUUCACCUGCUCCUCUGGUAGGCUCACAGGUUACAGCUUCUCUAGUUUCUGCCCCUCUAUCAACCCCCAGUCUCCCUGCUGGUUCUCAAUCAACCCCUACUAUCCCUGCUGGACCCCAGUUAAUAGCUGCGUCUCCUCCCAACCAUAAUAUACCACCAGCUUCUCAGUCGAACUCUGCACAGUAUUCUAGCUCCAUUUCCAACACUAAUCUCCCUCCUGGCACUCAUUCUAGUGCCACCUUACCUGUGGGUUCUGUCUCGCUGCCAAUGCUCCCGCCAUCCUCUCCCGACUCUCAGUCUGCUGUAUCUCCUUCUAUAGUGACACCUGGGAGAGGUCGGGGUCGGGGUCGGGGUCGACCACGAGGUCGAGGUAGAGGUCGUGGUCAAAUAAUUGAAAGCGGAGUUGAUGUGCCUCAACGUAGGGGUAGAAAGCCAAAUAAUGUGGUAUUAGCUAUUCCGGGUCUUCGGGCGUCUUCUCCAGUCAGCAAGCCUGAAACAGGUUCCCUAGUGGUUCCUGCUACUACUUCUGAAAUUCAAAAUCAGCCUUUAGUUUCUGACGCUACUGCUGUAAAUGUUGUCAGUAACAUACCAACUCCAGGGACUGUUGGUACUCCAGUAACUGUAUCCCCUCCUGAAACCUCCAAAUCAGAUAUAGCAUUACCAAAAACAUCAGUCCCUGCUACGUCUUUUGCUGCCUCUUCUAUUUUUGCUGACCCUGGUGAGACUCUGGUAGAUCCUGAUGUGGGGACUACUCAGAUGCCGCUUUCUGUUUCUGUUGGUUCUCAGCCCACUGAGCUUGGAACUUUGAGUUCUCAGAUAGCCGCCCCAAUUGUCACUGUUCCGCUUGAUUCUCGUUCUGUGUCUCCUUCUGAUACUGCAUUGAAGCAAGGUAGAGGGCGAGGAAGAAAGGCUCAAAGUGGAUUGGAGGUACCCCGUCGCAAGGAAAAGAAGAAAGAGGAGAUGGUAGAUGCUCAGGAGCAAAAAUCUACCAGACCAGCACAGAAGAAAUCACGUAUUUCUUCUGGUAGAAAAACUGUUGCUACAAGAAGUAUGUUACGAAAUGAAGCUCAGAAGAAAGCUUCUACAACAGAUGAUCAUUUCAGCCAAGGUUCUAAACUAGCUGAACCGUCACUGAACUCUUCCCUGAAUGUAAAAGAACAAUUAAGCGCAUUAGCAGAAGCUGACAAGUCUGCUGAUACUAGCACAAUGGAUAAUAGCACAAGUAACCAUGGAGAGAAGGUUGUGGAAGCAAAAGAUAUUUCAGUGGCAACUGAAACAGGGUCAAAGACUCAUGAUGCUGUUGAAAAGACUGAGCCUAACUCUUCUUUGAAUGAGAAAGAACAACCAAGCACAUUUGCAGAAGUUGAUAUGUUAAGUUCUGCUGAUACUAGCACAGUAGAUAAUAGCAUAAAUGACCAUGGGGAGAAGGUCGUGGAACCAAAAGGCUUAUCUGUGGCUACUGAAGCAGGGUCAAAGACUCACGAUUCUGUUCAAAAGACGCAGCCGAAAGAUGAACCGGAUCCCAAUAAAUUAGUUUAUUUGGAGGAAAAACGAGAAUCCAAAUUGGAGACUCUAGAUGGGAGAGAGCCCAAAUCUUCUAAAGAGGUUGAGAAGAGGUCCCACAGUGGGGAUUGCUUGCCUCAAGAAGUUGAGGUAUCCAAGGCUGAAACUGAGCAUGAGGAACGAGUAACAGAGGGCAGUGCUUCAGAAGACGCUGGCAAGGAUAACAUAGCUGAAGCUGGUGUGGCUGAAAGUGAACUUUGUGCUCAAAAGAAGACUGAAGAACAAGAUCCUGGAAUCAAUGAUGAAGACACUCUGGAGGCCAUGGUGGCUAACCCUGCUGAAGAAGUUGUUGCAUCUGUUCAUGGAGAAACUGAAGCAAUGGCUGCUGUUGAAGAAAAUGUGGUUGAAAUUGUGCAGAAGAGUGAUACCGAGAGCACUGCGAUCACUGUUGUUGACUCCCAACUGCAAACUGAAGCCACUUCCCCUAAAAAGUUAGAAGGGAUCUCUCAGGGAGAACUUGAGCAUGAGGAGAAGGAGCAAGGAGCUAAUGAACCCAUAGGGGAGGACGUGGAUAAUACUGGCAAUACAUCAUCAGAGCUUGCCAUAAUGCAGGGUGAGAGAGAAUGUAUUGCAACCACUGAAGGAAGAAGCCUGGUAGAUGGAGAUGCCCAAUCCUUCAGUGAGGUUGCGGAUGCCUUUCAGGAAGGAACCAGAAGUGACAAUAAAAGGGCAUUGGAAGCCAGUGGUGUAUCAGAUGAUGUUGGGAAGAAUGUAUUUGGAGAUGAGAAGACGCCAAGUGAUCCUCCUGUCGAAAAAGUUGAACGGGAGGAUUCUGACGUUGUAGGCACUCCGAUGACAGGAGAAAAAUCGGAAAAGGUCAAGGAUGCUUCCCAAGGGGAAAUUGAACACGAGAAACCAGAAGAUGAUGUUGGCAUUGCAACAAAUGCAGUUGAUUAUGUGGAGACAGCAUCAGAGCUUCCUGUUGGCUUGGGUGUCGAAACGAGUAAUGCAGUGGACACAAAUGUCAAACCCUCUGAAAUGGGAGAAAGUGAAAAUGAGAAACAGGAUGCAUCCGGUGGCAUUAAGGAGAAUGCAACUGAAGAGGAGCAGACAACAAUAGCACUUCCUGUGAUACUGGGGGAUAGAGAAGAUGACAAAAACACUGAUGGAGGCCCACUGGUGGAGAUAGAUAAAGAAUCCUCUGAAAAGAUGGAUGAUGUUCUCAUGGGAGAAACGGAAGUGAACACAAGUGAGGUGGGAGGUGAAGAUGGUGCAGGUGGCAUUGAGAAGGAUGUGACUGAGGUGGGAGGUGAAGAUGGUGCAGGUGGCAUUGAGAAGGAUGUGACUGAAGAUGACCAAUCGUUUCCUGCUGCACAGGAGGAAAUAGAAGCUUCUGAAACCAUUGAUUCUAAAAAGGAAAAUGAUGACACACAUGGAGAGACUGUAAAUGAAGCUGAGCAGAGAAAAAAUGUGAUCCCUCUUGUACAGGAUGUAAUAGAAGGCAAUCUAGAUACCGAUACAGAAAAUCUGCAAGUAGAAAUUGAAUGUGGGAAGCAGAAAGAUGAGAUGUUGCAGGGUGAAGCUGAAAUGAUUAACGAAAAAUCUCAACAGGCUAAACUCUCCCAUGAAGUAGAUAACGAUCACGAAUCGACAAUAAAAGAGCUUCCAGUUGCUGUAGUAGCAGCAGCAGCAGAGGUGGAAGGUUCAACAGAUGUUGAAAAAUUAGCUACAACAGACGACACCAAUGACUUGAUUGUAGAAAAACCAGAUAUUGUUGCAGAAAUAUCAGAUUCUAGGUUGGUCAAAGAACAUGAGAAUGAGAAAAUUGAGGAAUCUGAAAAUGGCGGUGUUGCUACAGAUGAAGCAGAAGUUGCUGCAAAUAGCUCAGAGGCCACGGAAUCGAAAGAAAACAAGACAGAAGAUGUUGGUGAAGAAGAAAAGGAACUUAAGCCUUGUGAAACAGACAAAAAUGAAGAUGGUGAUAGGGGUAUGGAUGAUUCUAAAAGUGGGGUGGAAUUGGAUAUGAAAGAAGAAAAACAAGAAGUUGGUGCUCCAUAAACAGAAACAAGCAGGGUAAAGAUAUUCAAUGAAGUGAAAGCAAACAAACAAAAAACAGAGCAUUGGAUGGAAGUAAUUAUUUAGUAU